UGUGAUUGCGAUCCACGGCGUCCGCGUCUUCCCAUCGCGCAGUACGUUUCGAGGUUGGUUUUGGUCGUGAACGACGAGAACGAGCCGCAUACGAUUUCGAAAUGGUUGCGAUAAAAGGGCGUAAAAAUACGAACAAAAAUCCUCCAAUAUUCAGCCAUGAAUUUGUUAUACAAAAUCAUGCCGACAUCGUGUCGUGCGUGGCUAUGGUAUUCGUCGUCGGUUUAAUGGUACAGGUCACAUCACCCUUGGCAUACACAUUUAUUGCCGUUCAUCAUAAUGUGUCUACAUCCUCAAACCCUGGAGAAAUGCCAUCCCCAGAAAAGUACACAACAGGGUGGAAAGAUGCCUGUGCAGUCUUCUUUUAUUUUCUCAUCACGAUUGUUAUGCAUGCAGUCAUUCAAGAAUACAUAUUUGAUAAAAUCACUAAACGUCUUCAUCUAAGUAAAAUCAAGCUCUCUCAAUUCAAUGAAUCCAGUCAAUUGAUUGUGUUCUAUCUCUCCUCUGCUAUUUGGGGAAUAGACAUUAUUAUCAGGGAAAAUUUAUUGCUCAACAUUACGUCCCUUUGGGACGAAUAUCCAGCGCUAUUAUCCUUCUCUUUGAAACUGUUCUUUAUCGGACAGUUCGCUUACUGGCUUCAUUGCUACCCAGAACUGUAUUUCCAGCGUGCUAAGAAAGAGGAAAUUUUUCCAAGAGUUUUACAAGCUACUAUAGGUCUACUCUUCACAUUCGGAGCGUACUUUUUCAAUUUCCAGCAAGUAGGUGUUAUCUUGUUGGUGCUGCAUUAUGUGGGAGAUGCGUUACAACACAGUGCUCGCAUAAUACAGUUUGCUGAUCGUAGCGAAAGCGGUACACAACUUGCCUUUCUAAUUGCCAACCCAGUAUUCGUUUUCGUCCGGAUUAUUUCAAUUGGAGUAGCAGCUCUGGUAUUUUUAUACGGGUUGCCACAAACCGAGACAUCUCUGGAUUAUGCCACUGGCAAUUUUAAUGUUCCCAUUGUUCGGUACGCAGCUUUGAUUGGAAUAGUCUUAUUCCAGGUCGACCGUUUAUAUAGGUUUAUUAAAGAGCAUCUGCAACGCUCCCGAGAAUCGAAUGCACCUGUUGUCAGCAAAUUGAAGCCUAAACAAAAACCGAAAAAAAAAGAGGGUAAAAAAUCAACUCAGUCUGAAGAUGACGAUCUACCGGAAGUUGAUCAGGCAACAAACAAAAACUUGAGAUCUCGAACCGCUGGAAAAGCGAAAUAAAAGAACAUAUCAACAGCGAUAUUUAAUGCUGGGGUUCUUCACACGUUUGCGAUAAUGUUGACGAGUAUCUCAUUCAUGUAUAUAAAUGCAUUGAUGCUCGUAUUGUACAUACAAUAGGAAAGAAGAUAUGAGAGAGAAUAUUAUUUUCAAAUAAGUAUUUACAAUUAGAAAUGAAGCAUAUAUAUCACCCAUUCAAUCGAAAUAUUUCAUCGAAUAGUAGAGAAUAUCUACCGUAUUAUUAUACCUAUGCGUCAAUUUUUUAUCCUUCAAAUAAAUAUUACCUUU